UGGGCACCGCACCGGGCCGCCUCCGGCUUUGCCGCUCUGCCCCGGCCCGGAAAACCCAGCGCCUUCCAGGCCCUUCGAAAGAUGGAUUCUGUUGACGUAUCUGGCGGCCCUGGCAAGCCGGGUGGAAAGUUGGGUUUUGCCAGAUCGCGCUGGGCUUGUCUUUGUGACGCUCGGCCAGCCCCGCAUCCCCCCGAAGCCGGGCCCAGUGACACCAGAGCCGAGUGAUGGACGAUCUGCGGUCCCAGAACCUCUCCAUGGACAUGACCGACUCCUCUCCUGCCUUGGCCAAUAACAGACUGGAGAAUGGCAUGGCCCAGCUCAUCACCACCGAGGCCUGGAACAUCAACUCCACUGACCUGGUAAAGAAGGCCCUGGUGACCGUGCCGGCCCCAUCCAUCCUGAACCCCCCGGCCGAGUCUCAGAGCGGCAUGGCUCUGAAGGUGGCGGCCACCGUGCUGCAGCCCCUGUGCCUCGGGGAGAGCCCGGUGGUGAUGCCCAUUCACAUGCAGGUGGAGGGAAGCUCUGCGCCCGAGCUCAACCCUAAUGGCAAUGCCGCGUAUGUCAUGACCACGCAGGGCCCUGUGCAGCUGCCCGUGGUGCUGGAGCAGCACGUCUUCCAGCACCUCAACUCCCCUCUGGUCCUGCCGCAGGAGGCCCCGUGCUCCUCCAGUGCCAUCCACAACAACCUGUUCCAGGCGGCCGAGGACCCCGAGGCCCAGCCCCAGCUCCUGGACCUGCGGAUCCCCAGCCAGCCGCAGGAGCCCACGCUGCCAUUUGAAGCCGUGCUCCAGAACCUCUUCCCCUCACAGGGCGCUCUCGGCCCCCCACCCUGCCAGCCUCCUCCUGGAUACGCCCCUGUGCCCCCCCAGCCCUUUAACUCCCCCCUGUCCCCCCUGGUCCCUCCGGCCACCCUCUUGGUGCCCUACCCCGUGAUCGUCCCCUUGCCCGUGCCGGUCCCCAUCCCCAUCCCCAUCCCGGUGCCUCAGAGUCCUGAAUCCAAGCUCAGCGCCGCUUUCCCCAAACCGCCAUCUUCCUUCGGCCUGCACCCCUUUAAAGGCCCCCAGCCCCCCCUGGAGAAGGAGGAACUGAAGCCCUUCGAUAUCCUGCAGCCGAGGGAAUACUUCCAGCUUAGCCGCCACACGGUCAUCAAGAUGGGGAGUGAGAACGAGGCCCUGGAUCUGUCCAUGAAGUCGGUGCCCUGGCUCAGUAAGGCUGGCGAAGUCAGUCCCCCCAUCUGCCAGGAAGAUGCGGCCCUGGACCUGUCGCUGGCAGCCCACCGAAAGUCUGAGCCUCCCGUUGAGACACUGUACGACAGCAGCGGGUCCAUGGACAGCCCAGGUCACGCCGUGAUUGAGAAACUUCCCAGUGGCAUGGAAGUGCCCUUUGCCCCUGCCACGGCCCCCGGGGCCUUGGCUCUGAUGGAUAGCCACGUGGGCGGCAGCGACCCCCCUCAGCUGCCCGGCCAGCCCAACCAACCCGGCGGCGAGGUCAAGGCUGAAAAUCACAUUGAGACCGUGAGCGAGUCCCAGGCGGCCAAGGUCAUUGUCUCGGUGGAAGACGCCGUGCCUGCCAUCUUCUGCGGCAAGGUCAAAGGCCUCUCGGGCGUGUCCACCAAAAACUUCUCCUUCAAAAGAGAAGACUCCGUGCUUCAGGGCUAUGACAUCAACAGCCAAGGGGAAGAGCCCAUGGGCAGCACGGAGCCCCUUCGGAAACCCGUCAAAAACCGGAGCAUAAAGUUAAAGAAAGUGAACUCCCAGGAAAUACACAUGCUCCCGAUCAAAAAACAACGGCUGGCCACCUUUUUUCCAAGAAAGUAAAUAAUGGCUUUUUAAAAUUUUUAUGAUUAUAAUAUGGGGAAAGGUGCAUUGGUUUUAUAAAAAGGCAUUUAAAACAAAUUAUCUUUGUUAAUUAUUUUGGGGAGUAGUUGGGAAGCGGGAAGGCGAAUUGGCUCUAGAGGCCCUGUAAGCUAGUAUCAUUUUCUUUUUUAAUUUUUGACUUUUCACAAAUGAGUAAAUAAGAGCAACCUAUUUUUCAAGCAGAUUGCACAUUUUUUGCAGCUUUAAUGGAAUAUUGGGUGAAUCAGAGGGGUAAAAAAAGCUAUUUUCAUUGCCACAAAGUGCUUUGAUGAUGUAAUACCUAAUAAAGGGUAGGAUGACUAUUUCACAAUAAAUGUUUGUUUG